AUGUUCUCAAGAACCCUACUGCGUACUAUUAAUCCUCUACGUAUUUCUGUAAGAGCUCAAUCAUCUAACGCAUUGUCAAAGGCUGCUCUUCCAUUCACAUAUUCUCCAUCCGGUCCAUCUGCUGUUAAAUACACAACCCAACACGAAUGGCUAGCUGCACACGCUGAUGGUACCGCAUUCUUAGGUAUCACUAAAUAUGCCUCCGAUGCCCUAGGUGAUGCAACCUAUGUGGAAUUACCUGAAAAGGAGACUCAAUUGGAAGCCGGUGAAGCUUAUGGUUCAGUAGAAUCUGUUAAAUCCGCAUCCGAAGUUUACCAACCUGUUGCAGGUGAAAUCAUCGAAGCUAAUGACAAAUUGGAGUCCCAACCACAAUUGAUCAACUCUGACCCUCUCGGUGAAGGCUGGAUCGCUCGUAUUAAAAUUGCUGAACCUGAUUCCCUUGAGACACAAGAAGGUCUACUGACUUUAGAACAAUACGAACGUUCUUUGAAAGAAGAUGAAUAG